AACAAAUAAAACGGAGUUCUAGUGCUGUUUAGAACGUUGAUGGUCUGUAUUUCCGUGCGAGUUUCUGAGCAUUUCUCAUAAACCACCAUCCAUGGCUGCCUUAGCAUUCACACCCCAUAUUCAUAGACCUCCAACCCCUUCACCAUCCACACCAAGAAUCCCAAAACCCAUUGCCAGACACAAAACCGAACGCAGAGUUUCAGUUCAAACUUCAGCAUCUCUACAGACCUCCUUCUCAGACCCCUUUGUCCUUCAAUUAGCUGAAGCACUUGAAGAUUCGCUCCCAUCUUCUUCUUCUUCUUCUUCCGUGUCUUUGCCUCUGCAAAACCUCAGAGACAAUUCCUCGGAGACUCUUCUAUCAACCCCAUGGCCUUCUCGCAAAGACGAGCCUUUUCGCUACACAGACACUUCCUUCAUCAAAAGCUCUCAAGUCCAACCAGUCUCACACCCGCCUCAGUCUCUGAGCAUUUCCUCGGAUACCCAGUUCCCCAAUUUCGUUAUAGCAGAUGGCUUUGCCGUGAAUUCGGUAUCGGAUUUGUCUGGAUUGCCCAAUGAGGUUUUUGUGGGUAACUUGCUUGACAUCUCUUCGGAGAGUAUUUUGAAAAGGGUGAGUGAGUUUGUUUCUAAAGGUUCUGAGGGGGACUUGUUUUGGUCCAUUAAUGGAAUUGGAGCUCCGGAUUUGACUGUGGUGUAUGUUCCUGCUGGGUGCAUUGUAGAGAAUCCAAUCCAUUUGAGGUACUUCUCCAUUGAAGGUGGUGAAGAAGGUUCAUCUAAACUACCCAUAUCGAAUCCGAGAGUGUUUGUGUUUGUGGAAAAGGGAGGGGAGAUUGGUAUAAUUGAGGAGUUUUUGGGUGGAGAUGGGAAUAAAUCUUAUUGGGCUAAUGCUGUUCUAGAGGUGGUAGUUGAAGAAGGAGGAAAAGUUAGACAUUCUUAUAUUCAGAAACAAUCUUUCAGUGCUGCCCAUAUUAAGUGGACUUCAGUUAGGCAGGAAUCAAACAGUACCUAUGAGCUUGUAGAGGUUAGCACUGGUGGAAGAUUGAGCAGACACAAUCUCCAUAUCACACAAUUGGGACCUGACACAGUCACUGAGUUAUCAACAUUCCAUUUGGCUGUCAGUGAUCAAACACAAGAUUUACAUAGUAAACUAGUUCUUGAUCAUCCCCGUGGUUAUUCCCGUCAACUUCACAAGUGUAUUGUGUCCCAUUCUCUAGGACAAGCUGUAUUUGAUGGAAACAUAAAGGUCAACAGAUAUGCACAGCAGACAGAUGCAGGUCAGCUAACAAGGAGCCUUCUGCUUGAACCUCGAGCAACUGUGAAUGUCAAACCAAACCUCCAAAUUAUUGCAGAUGACGUCAAGUGCUCGCAUGGAGCUGCAAUAAGUGAUCUGGAAGAAACCCAACUCUUCUAUUUCCGAGCACGUGGGAUCGAUGCAGAGACGGCUAGAAAGGCUCUUGUCUUGUCUUUUGGAGCUGAAGUGAUUCAACAGUUACCGUAUCCUUCUGUAAGAAAAGAAAUCGAGACUCAUUUCAAAGAAUUACUGGAGCCUGCAAUUAAGGCAUCAUCGUAAGACAUACAAUUGAUGAUGUAUUAUUAUUUUUUUCUUUUUCUUUUUUUGCAUUAUAUCGGUUAGUAGCAAUUAAGAUAAUCAUGCUAUUGAAAUUGAAGCAACUUUUCUUUUUGUUUGUUUUUUUUUUGUAACUAUACAAUUCCAAAUGUUCAAUAUGAUUUGAAGAGAAUAAAUUUUUGACUUCUGUGAUA